UCCGCGGCUCGGCCGAGGCGCGGGGAGAGGGCUGGCCGGGCGCGCACGCGCAGAUGUCGGCUGUGCUUGGCCGAUACUUGCGAGGCGCCUGUCACAUGAGCCGCGCGCCCGCUCCGCUCCCCCUCCUCCUGGCUGGGCUGUGAAUGAAGCUCUGCCGGCUACGUGGGGCGCUAACUCAACUUGAUGUCCUAGACGCCAGAGCCGACUGAGCGCCUGGCCCGCCAGCGGCGGACACGGGCUCCGCCGCUCCUGACCUCGGCGACAGGUUCAGGGCUGGAGAAUCUUGCAGAAAGCAAGGCCACACAGCUGCUAUUCCAUCUACAUCUUAUUUAAGCCUCCUUACAAAACUGGGGGGCCCUGGGAAACUCUGAGCCUGUGACCCCAACGUGGGAGAGGAUAAGAUCAAGAUGGCCAUGUGGCAGGGAGCCAUGGAUAACAGAGGCUUUCAGCAGGGGAGUUUCAAUAGCUUCCGGAGCAGCUCCAGUGAUGAAGACUUGAUGGACAUACCAGGGACAGCUAUGGAUUUCUCCAUGAGAGACGAUGUUCCUCCCUUAGAUGGAGAAAUAGAAGAGGACAAGUCAUACAAUGGUGGAGGAAUAGGUUCUUCAAAUAGGAUGAUGGACUUCUUGGAGGAGCCAAUCCCUGGUGUGGGGACCUAUGAUGAUUUCAAUACAAUUGACUGGGUGCGAGAGAAGUCUCGAGACCGGGAUAGGCACCGAGAGAUUACCAAUAAAAGCAAAGAGUCCACAUGGGCCUUAAUUCACAGUGUGAGUGAUGCUUUUUCUGGCUGGUUGUUGAUGCUACUUAUUGGGCUUUUAUCAGGUUCCCUAGCUGGCUUGAUAGACAUCUCUGCUCAUUGGAUGACAGACUUGAAAGAAGGUAUAUGCACAGGGGGAUUAUGGUUUAACCAUGAGCACUGUUGCUGGAACUCCGAGCAUGUCACCUUUGAAGACAGAGACAAGUGCCCAGAGUGGAAUAGCUGGUCCCAGCUUAUCAUCAGCACGGACGAGGGAGCUUUUGCCUACAUAGUCAAUUAUUUCAUGUACGUCCUCUGGGCUCUCCUGUUUGCCUUCCUGGCCGUAUCUCUUGUCAAGGUGUUUGCACCUUAUGCCUGUGGCUCUGGAAUCCCUGAGAUUAAAACUAUCUUGAGUGGUUUCAUUAUUAGGGGCUAUUUGGGUAAGUGGACCCUGAUUAUCAAAACCAUCACAUUGGUGCUGGCAGUGUCAUCUGGCUUGAGCCUGGGCAAAGAGGGUCCCCUAGUGCACGUGGCUUGCUGCUGCGGGAACAUCCUGUGCCACUGCUUCAACAAGUACAGGAAGAAUGAAGCCAAGCGCAGAGAGGUCUUGUCGGCUGCAGCAGCAGCUGGUGUAUCUGUAGCCUUUGGGGCACCUAUUGGCGGAGUAUUAUUCAGCCUGGAAGAGGUCAGCUACUAUUUUCCCCUCAAAACGUUGUGGCGUUCGUUCUUUGCUGCCUUGGUGGCAGCAUUUACUCUACGCUCUAUCAAUCCAUUUGGGAACAGCCGCCUGGUUCUAUUUUACGUGGAGUUUCACACCCCAUGGCAUCUCUUUGAGCUUGUGCCAUUUAUUCUGCUGGGCAUAUUUGGUGGUCUGUGGGGAGCUCUGUUUAUCCGCACAAACAUUGCCUGGUGUCGGAAGCGUAAGACCACUCAGUUGGGAAAGUAUCCUGUCAUAGAGGUACUGGUUGUGACAGCCAUCACUGCCAUCCUGGCUUUCCCCAAUGAAUACACCCGUAUGAGCACAAGUGAGCUCAUUUCUGAGCUGUUUAAUGACUGUGGCCUUCUGGACUCCUCCAAGCUCUGUGAUUAUGAGAACCGUUUCAACGCAAGCAAGGGGGGUGAACUGCCCGACAGACCGGCUGGUGUGGGAGUCUACAGUGCCAUGUGGCAGCUGGCCUUGACGCUUAUACUGAAAAUUGUCAUUACUAUAUUCACCUUUGGCAUGAAGAUCCCUUCUGGCCUCUUUAUUCCUAGCAUGGCUGUUGGUGCUAUAGCAGGUCGACUUUUAGGAGUAGGAAUGGAACAACUGGCUUAUUACCACCAUGACUGGGCCAUCUUCAAUAGCUGGUGUAGUCAAGGAGCUGAUUGCAUCACCCCUGGCCUUUAUGCGAUGGUUGGGGCUGCAGCCUGCUUAGGCGGGGUGACUCGGAUGACUGUUUCUCUUGUCGUCAUAAUGUUUGAACUAACUGGUGGCUUGGAAUACAUUGUGCCUCUGAUGGCUGCAGCUAUGACAAGCAAGUGGGUGGCAGAUGCUCUUGGGCGGGAAGGCAUCUAUGAUGCCCACAUCCGUCUCAAUGGAUACCCCUUUCUUGAAGCCAAAGAAGAGUUUGCUCAUAAGACCCUGGCGAUGGACGUGAUGAAACCCCGGAGAAAUGAUCCUUUGUUGACUGUCCUUACUCAGGACAGUAUGACCGUGGAAGAUGUAGAGAGCAUAAUCAGUGAAACCACUUACAGUGGCUUCCCAGUGGUGGUGUCCCGGGAGUCCCAAAGACUUGUGGGUUUCGUCCUCCGAAGAGAUCUCAUUAUUUCAAUUGAAAAUGCUCGAAAAAAACAGGAUGGAGUUGUGAGCACUUCCAUCAUUUAUUUCACUGAGCAUUCUCCUCCGAUGCCACCAUACACCCCACCCACCCUAAAGCUUCGGAACAUCCUGGACCUCAGCCCUUUCACUGUGACUGACCUUACACCCAUGGAGAUCGUAGUGGAUAUCUUCCGAAAGCUGGGACUGCGGCAGUGCCUGGUUACACACAAUGGGCGAUUGCUCGGAAUCAUUACCAAAAAGGAUGUGUUAAAGCAUAUAGCACAGAUGGCGAACCAAGAUCCUGAUUCCAUUCUUUUCAACUAGAAUCACAGGGUUGUGCUGAAUAUAAACAGGAAGGACGUUGCAGACCAUGGAUAUAUUUUAUUAACUGGGUACCCAAAACACAUUUCCCGUGUUUGGAUGGUGAAGUUAUAUUAGCGUGUUGUCUCUUUCCUACAAGUUAACCAGUUGCACUACAUAAUCUCUGGAAAUUAAUCUUCUCUUUAGGAGAAAAUACAGUUAGGCUUCUGUGAUAUUGCAUUAGGAAGAUUUCAUGAAAGAGUAAGCAAAAUUGCUAUGGUUUAAUUCUUUUUCUUUUUUUUUAAUUUUUUUUUAAUUUAAAACAUAAUUGUUAGCCAAUAUGCAAUCACUGAAAACUAUGCAAGAAAAAUUCCAACCGUCCUGAUCUAUAGCCUGCAGGAAACUCAUGAAAAAGUCACUUUUUUGGACUCUAAGUGUCAUUGGUGGAAGAUGAAGUAUAAACUAAGGGGCUUUGCUUUUCCAACCACAGAAAGGAGAGCCAGAAGGAAAAUAGUAAUGAUAUUUUCCAGACUGUGAAAAUUCAGUUCAAAUGUUAUAUUGUUCCUGUUACAAUAUUUAGCAUUAUUAGUUUGUAUGUGUGUUAUGUGUAUGUUAAUUUUAAUAUCUGAUUAUAAGACAAUGCUGCUUUGGUUAAUCUCCUCUAAACAAAUUUAGAGAGGUUGACUUUUAUAGCUUGCUUGUUCCUGGUACUCUUUUGAAGUGCACAAAGAUAAGUUAAUAGAACUUUCUCCUUGUCUGCAAAAAGGGUAAUUUUCCAGAUGGUAUUUGUUAGCUAGUAGACAAGGACUUUGCCAUGAAUUUGUUAGUAGCAAGAAAUGACAUCUCCAGCUUCCUUGAAAUGAAUGAUUAGUCAAGUUCUAAGCAAAGUCAAUGACUAGGAAUUUCACAUUUUUGUGAGGUCCCAACUAAUCCUCUUACCCAGAUGCCACCUCCACGAGUGAUGGUGCUUUAGGCUUCUGGAAUAUGUAAGACUAGUAAAGGGAACCAAGUCUAGACUGCAUACCGGUAAACCAGGGAAGAUCCCGAGCUGUAUCGGCAUUCUCAUGCAUUCCUUCAUAAAGACCACCAGUACUAAAAUAACUGGGCACUCAUGCCUCCUCCCGUGAGUACGUAUAACAGGCCAGUGUUGUCCCCAAGAACACGAAUUUAGGCUUGGGGUACUUUCAAAUAUGUUCAAUGCAUUGGAACAGGAUAGGCACCUGUGACUCCCUUGAGGCUCCUUGGAAUUCUAGAUAAAAUGUAGAACCAUCCUAAGACCCAGGGAUGUGGACAAGGCCUGGUGACACCAAAGGUGCUUGUAUCCAGUUGAAAAGGUGCCUCUCUCAAUUUCCUACCACCUUUUCUGCAGUAGAACACGUCACACUAGAGGGACACCUGCUGGAAUUACAGAGCCACCACCAUCGUUCCG